AACAUAAAUAAUUCGCGGGAAAGUAGAAGGGGAGGAAGAUGUCGCGAUUCACUAGUGAGACGUACCCGGGAGGCGCCUGAUACCGACGGACUCACCGAGCUCAGAGACCCCUUUGGAGGUGAUGGAGAAGGGAGGCUUGGAAUCAGCUGGGCAAGAUGUCUACACCUUCAGACAGGGAUGCUCAGAGCUCAUGGUCUCUCAGGCUGAAGGACAGUAUGUGCUGUGUCGCUGGACAGACGGACUCUACUACCUGGGCAAAAUAAAGAGGGUAAGCUUCUCCAAGCAAAGCUGUCUCGUCACAUUUGAAGACAAUUCGAAAUACUGGGUUCUCUUUAAAGAUAUUCAGCAUGCCGGGGUCCCUGGGGAACAGCCGAAGUGUAACGUCUGCACAGGCAAAACCUCCCUCCCUCUCAAUGAAAUUCUCAUCUGUGGGAAAUGUGGUUUGGGUUAUCACCAGAAGUGUCACAUUCCUGUUGUGGACAGCGGCGAGAAUGGCGUCCUGGAGCCGUGGUUCUGCAGAAGGUGUAUCUUUGUUCUGGCUGUCAGAAAAGGAGGAGCAUUGAGGAAAGGUCCGAUUGCGAAAGCACUGCAGGCAGUAAAAAUGUAUCUGACGUACAAUCCUGAGGAACUGGACUGGGACUCGCCUCACAGAACCAAUCAGCAGCAGUGCUACUGUUACUGCGGGGGCCCGGGAGAAUGGUACCUUAAGAUGAUACAGUGUUACAGAUGCAGACAGUGGUUCCAUGAAGCGUGUCUGCAGUGCCUUAAUGACCCGAUGAUGUUUGGAGACAGGUUUUAUAUAUUUCUGUGCUCCGUCUGCAACCAAGCCUCUGAAUUCCUCAAGCGCCUGCCAUUGAGAUGGGUGGAUAUCGUCCAUCUAGCCUUAUACAACCUGGGCGUGCUCAGCAAAAAGAAAUACUUUGACUUUGAAGAGAUCCUGACGUUUGUAAAUGACAACUGGGAUCACUUACAGCUUGGAAAGGUACGUUUAUAUUUGUGCAGGAGAUCGAAGUCCUAUCAGAACGGGCCUUUCUUUGAUGCCAGUGCGGGUCUUUUACACCUACGCUUUCUCCUUACGUGGUUAGAUCCGUUUCUCAUCUGGCAAUCCGAUGAUCUGCGAGAGCACACGGAAUGGUAA